AUUUUUUGUUUUUAUUUCGCGACAAGCUCCAAGCAAUCCCCCGUUAUUCUUCCCCUUAUUUUGUCGAAACCCUAGCUGCUGCGAGCGAACUCGAACUCUCGCACACCAUUCCCAAAUUCCUUCCCCACUACUAUCUUCUCUCCACACUACUCUCCCUCCUCCCAAUCUCGAGUUCCUUCCCGUCAUUUUGAUCUCCCGAAUUGUUAAAAUCCCUGCAAUUCCAUCUCUUUCUUGCUCCCUUCCCGCCCAAUUCUCCGGUGUCUUUCUCCCCCUCUCAAUUCGUCGUUUACCCGAUUUCCCCCCGGUCAAUUCGUAUCUUUUUACCCCGUUGCUUAUUGGGAUUCCUGGAAUUGGGCUGCUGCUGCUGUCGACUUAUCAUUUGUAUCGAAUCAAUGGUUUUGUAAUCUCCGGGUUGCGGAAGAUCACUGUAGGAAGGAAGCGCACCGUCUCCCGGCGUAUUGGGGUUUCUUAUAGUCGAGGUUCUUACUUACCAAGGUGCAGGAGACUAGUCCCCGACGAACCCAAGCUGUGAUUUUUGUUACUUCCCCGGUUGAAGAAUUUUUCUGGGAUUCAUGUCAAUGAUAGUGUAUCACCAACUGAGGAAACACUGAUACAUGGAUCCUGAUACCAAGAAGUUUGGAAGUGGACCAAGAGAGCUGACUGGUGCUAUUGAUCUUAUAAGUCAUUUCAAAUUGUUGCCCCAUCACGACUUCUUUUGCAAGAAAUCACUUCCUGUGUCAAUUGCCGACACACACUACCUUCAUAAUGUUGUUGGAGAUACUGAAAUCAGAAAAGGGGAUGGGAUGCAACUGGACCAGCUUAUCCAGAAUAAUUCCCAGCCAAGAGAUGGAAGUAUACGCAUAAAGCCAUUCGACCUUGAUUUGCUUAGGGAGGCCUUCCAACUGAAGGAAUCCACUCCUGUAGAAUUGCCUGCUUCGGAAAAGGGGACUCCUACAAUUGCAGGAAAAUCAAAGACCGAGUCGAAAGACAAGGAGAGAAAGCAUAAAAAGCACAAGGAUAAAGAUAAGGACAAGGAUCGAGAGCAUAAGAAGCAUAAGCACCGUCAUAGAGACAAAGAUAAAGAUCGAAGUAAGGAUAAAGACAAGGAGAAGAAGAAGGAUAAAAGUGGUCAUCAUGAAUCUAACCCCGAUCAAUCAAGAAAGCACCAUGAAAAGAAACGGAAACACGAUGGGGACGAAGAGCUAAAUGAUGUUCACAGACACAAGAAAAGUAAGCACAAGAGCUCAAAAAUCGAUGACAUUGGUGCAAUCAAAGUAGCAGGCUGAAAAAUGAUUGGCAUCCUAUAUUGUUCAUUGUUUUUGGAAGUGGUUAUUUAGAGUUUGGGAAAGGCUUUUGACUUCCAAGUUUUCAUAUGUAGGAGGGUAGGUUCAGAACUGACUGAGAGAAUACGAGGGGAAUGGUGAAUUCACCUAAUACCUUGAUAUUUAAUUAGGGUUCCUGCAAAAAAAAAAAAAAAAAAAAGUACUUUGUAUGAUGAUGAUAGUUGAUCUGGUACAGUGGGUGAUGAAAUAGGGCAAGACUCGGGUCGCUUUCUUUCUUUUCUUCUUUUUACGCUCUCCUCCCUCAGGUUUUGUGAAUGUUUCGAAAGCAUGUAAACAUAUUUUUUCUACCGUCGUCGUCGUUUAGAAUAGAGGUGGGCAGCCUUAGUGAUGUAUGGAUGUCUGAAGUCUGAGUAUGUUGGAAUCUGCAACCGUUAAAAAGUAGGGGUGGUAGAGUUAGGGUUUUGGGGAGAGAACAAGGGGAUGAUUUGUAUAUAGAAAAAAAUGGAAAUCCAUUCUUACCCACGGUUGUGGCAAAUGAGUACAUUGUGUUUAUUCAAGAAAUCUAAUGUAAAGUGCAGCAGAGUUGAAUAGCAGAUCAUUGAAAUGUUGUAAGAAUGCAUGGCUGUGAGGAUGGAUAGGGAAUGGCCUGUUAUCUAAAAUCUUGUGGUCUAGUUUCUGCUUAGUUUUAGAGCUGCAAUAGUUUGCUGGAAGAUCGUAAUCUGGUACUUGAUGAUAAUCAAUUUGAGUAGCACCAUUGUGGACUGAUGAUAAAGACACUAACUUUAGUUUGU